AUGUCGCGUCUCCUCGGCACAACUUUGCCCGCGUCCAAGAACCUGUGGGUGGCGCUGCAGCGGGUGUACGGGCUGGGCGAGUCGCGCGCGCGCUCGCUGUGCUUUGCGAUCGGCGCCACCCCGUUCACCAAGACGUCCGAGCUGCGCCCGUUCCACCUGAGCCAGCUGUACGCGGCCGUCGAGGCGCGCUACACGGUCGGCAACGACCUGCGCGCGGCCAACCGCUCCGCCAUCCAGCGCCUGAUAGCCAUCCGGUCGUACCGCGGCAUGCGCCACCUGCAGCGCCUGCCCGUGCGCGGCCAGCGCACACACUCUAACGCCCGCACGCAGAAGAAGAUGCGCCCGCCUACCUCGCGCCCCGCACGCCCCUAG